UGUGUGCAUUCAAUGAAUGCCAUUCAUCGGACGACAAUCUCUGUUGUGUGUUUUGGUUUUUUCGGUUCGUGAGACUGAUCCUGGCACUGUGUUGUGCCGUGUGCAUGGACAUUUUUCGACCAUUUACCUUUGGCACACGUCCGAAUCGAAAGUCAAUCACAUCUUAAACUUUGGUUUCAUUUAAUGACUGCAAAAUAAGAAAACGAACCAAAAUAUAAAUAGAAAAUAUAAUCGCUUCUAUAGUGCCGUAUUUAAUGUCAUGCAAUAAAAAAAAACACUAGUAAAAACAACAGCUGAACAUUUGAGUGAAUUCAUGUAUUGUGUGCUUCGGGAAUUUGAACCAAUUUUUCCGAGAAAAAAAAACGAAUUCAAUUUUGUGCAAAAGUGCGUCAAUUUAGCAGAGAAUGAGUAAAACAAUUACCAAAUAUUAGAUACACAAGAGAAAUCAAUUCAUUUUUCAGUGGAUUUAUUAAAUUAGACUGAGAGAAGAUUGUGAAAGUUUGCGGUGGCGAGAAAGAGAGAAACAAAAAAACACUUUGUGAAAUAUGUGUGAUGUGUAAUUUUGUGAAUGUGUCUCAUUUAUUUUAUUUUUAUGACAAUUUAUAGCCAAAUGCUAAAAAUAUAACGUAUAACCUAAGCACUUAUCGGCUCACGCGCGAAAAUAAAUGAGUUGCACGGUUUGGUUUGACCGAACAAGAGGAGCGCGAACGAUUUUGGCGCGUAUUAUGAAAUGUGAUGUAUCAUUUUUCCACAUACACAGACUGUGACUCGGUCGAGAUUCGUUUUCACGCUCUCGUUCAAUCCGUUUGAAGAAGAAAUCAACACAAUAUUGUCGUUAUUAAUAUGAUGUUUGGUCUUUAGUUUCGGUUUUGACAGCUCAAUCGUAGGAAAAGCGUAACAAUUCGCGUGAGUUUGAUAUAAAUAUUUCACCGAAUCACAUUUAUUCCGAUUAACUGGUUGGAACAUGUUCUCCCCCAUUCAACUCAUCAAAUAAUUAAUUCAAACGAGUGUUUAUUUAUCGAAAAUAACAUUUAUAUGCAUACAAGUGUCGUGCCACCGUCCAAAUUUAUCGGUCAUAACUUUUAUCUGACUGCAUGUGUUGUUUGAGGAGAAAGAGAGAGAAAAAUAAUAUAUUUUUCGGAAUUCCUGUGUCAUUUCGAAUCGACCAACGUAUGAGUCCACUUAACCAAAGAGCAAAUAAAUCAUCAUCAUAAUUAUGUCACACAACAUCAGUUUGUGUUAAUUUUAAUGAACCAUUUUCAUCGUUGGACUUCAAUGGUUUCGAUUGUCAAUGCUCAUUGAAUUUUCAAAAAAAAAAAAAAAAUUUAAUAAAAUUAAACAAAACUGAAAUCGAAAAGCAACGAUAACAACGCCAACCGCUGAAGAAUUGACACGUAAAAUAUAGUGUGCUGUAGAUGACAUUCGUUAUUGGCAAUUUCAUGGGAAUAAAAUACAAGGGUUAUUAAAUUUUGUACGUGUGCGGCCUGCAAUCAUCAUCAACGAAGCGCACACACACACCAGAUAAUCAAAAACAAUAUUGAAUAGUCGAAGUAGAAGUAACACGCUCCAAAUAACUGUUUGGAACUAAGCAUCAAAAUUGGCCGCCAACAGCUAUAGAGUACACAACCAGAGACUCUAGGAUUCACCAGCUAGAACAAUAACAUCGUUCCACCCUCAACACCGGCACAUCACCGAGAACCCGAGCUGCAAAUCAAAAGAGCGAAACAAGAACUAGAAGAAAAAAAUGCUAGCCAAUUUAUUUGAUCAAAUAUUUGGUCGUUCUAAAUGUGGAAAGCGUGAAAUAAUUACAACAACAAUUAUUGAGCCCGAAUCGAUUAACAUCAAUGAUGAUGAUCCACCGGCGAACGAUUCAACCGCUUGCUGCUUUUUACCAUCGUUUUCAUUGUCCGACACCGAUGAAAGCGAGCCCACCACAUUGAAAUCGAAUUAUCAAUUGCAACCACAACACAAACAAUUGACGACAACGACGACGGCCGACCAACGUUCGUUGUCGUCACAACAGCAGCAUCAUCAAUACAUUGACAAUACACAGCAAUGCCGUCAACAACAACAACAUCAUUGUCGGCCCGACCAUCUAAAUAAUCAAAAUCGCAUUAGAAAUAAUCAAAAUAAAUUAAAUGAAAUAUCAAUUUUUAGCGUUUAUUUGUUAUUUGCCACGUUAUUUGUGUGCAUUUGCACGAUAGCCGUGUUAUUGUUUACUUACAUCAAUCGAGCCAAUGAUAUAGUUCAGCUACGUGAUAGCCUAACGUCGGAAUUUAUCGCGCGUUCCGAUAUCGAUGAAAUCAUUCAAAAUGUGCUGAGAGAGGUGAAGAACAAUGACCGCAACGAUGACGAUGGUAGCAGUAGCAGUGGAACAAACAGCUUUUAUGAUGAUUCGAAUGAAAAUAUCGGCGACAGCAGCAGCAGUAGUAAUCGUCGCAGUCAAAAUAAUAACAACCACAACAUAGAGAACGCAGACGGAUUUGAACUCAGCACGGGCAGCCAAACGCCGUAUUAUGACAACAGCAAUGAUGAUGAUGAUGAUGAUGGUGACGAUGACGCCGCCGAUGACAGCAACAAAAAACAAAACAAAUAUCAACAACAGCCACAAAAAUCGGAACGAAAACCAUCACCAAUGCUGAACACAAUGCGAGAACGACGUGCUGCAAAUAUUUUAAAAGAAAACUAUGUAACUGAUGCACAAAACAAUGUUCAAGGGCCGUUUGUCGAGUUUUUCAAUCCGAAAAUGCGACGCGAACUGGAGAAAAAAGAUGAGGAAAUCAAAAAAACAACGGGCAAAGGUAAUGCACCAGGAGGCGAUGAAUGGGCCUAUUUAACCAGCUCUUCACGCGUACCGUAUGAAGUGAUAUCGGGAUUUUGUAGCGCAACAAAGGAAUACUGCCCACCUGGACCACCUGGCUCACCUGGGCAUCAUGGGGCAAAAGGUUAUCGAGGUGAUAUUGGAAUGCCGGGGCCGCCAGGAAGAGAGGGCCCAAUUGGACCAAGAGGACCUAAAGGAAUGCCAGGAUCGCCAGGUUUGGAUGGUCGUGAUGGUAUUCCAGGCGAGCCUGGCUUAGACGGAGUACCAGGACGAGCUGGCGCCGAUGGAAUUCCUGGCAAAGACGGUCGAGAUGGAACACCAGGUGCGAAUGGGAAAAAUGGCAUCGAUGGAAAAGACGGUAAGGAUGGUCCACAAGGUCCACAGGGUCCGCCCGGAUUGCCUGGCGAACGCGGUUUAACUGGACCAAGAGGACGCAGUGGACGACCCGGCCAAAAUGGAAUUCCUGGCCAACCUGGCAUAGUUGCAUAUAAAUACGGAUUGGAUGCGGGCAAAUUGCACAUUCCACCGUCGGAGGUGGGAAAACUACUGAUUCCACCAUCGAUUGCAGGCGGUCCAAACAAGCCGAUUGUUGUGGUCGAGGAUCAAUUCCUUCGAAUGCGUUGUGCUGCCGGUGGUCAGCCGCGGCCAGAAGUCGUUUGGUAUCGAUUGGAUGGAAGGCCCAUCACCGAUGGAGCCUGGCAAGUGUCUUCAAUACGUGAUCACACAAUCAAUAUAACGCAUGUGAAUCGUGUUCAUAACGGUAUCUAUGUUUGUGUGGCGAAUAAUGGCAUUCCGCCCGCUGCAAAUGCAACAUUUCAAAUCGAAGUUCACUUUCCGCCAUUGAUUCGUGUGAGAAACCAAUAUUUGUAUGCGUUCGAAGGAGGAUCCGUGUCAUUGGAGUGUGAGACGGAAGCAUUUCCGGAGCCGUUAAAGUUUUGGAAACGUCGUUCAGAUAAUCGAAUCAUCGACCAAAACGAUAAAUAUCGCAUGGAAACCUACACCGACGGCUACAAAUCGUUGAUGCGUUUGAACAUAACAAAUGUUCGACCUGAAGACUUUGGUGAAUACGAAUGCGUUAGCAAAAAUGAUAUAAACACCACAGCAGCAACAUUUUUCGUUUAUGAUGGAGCACGUCAUCCAACGCGUACAUAUUCGGAUAUUGCAGUGUUUGGUACACUACCACCAAAGCCCAUAUCAUACAGUGAAUUUUGUCCACCGCCAAAUUGUCCAGCACCAAAUUGUGAUGAACAUCGAUGCAACAAUGCUUACAUCCAUGAUGUUGACAUUCGACAAUUGCAUUUUAAAGGCAUUCGAUUUCCGGGCAUUACAAAUCGAACAUUCGAUUGUGUGCUGUAUGCUGUCGGAAAACCAGUUUAUCAUAAAUCAACAGAUGUAACGUAUGGAUCAUGGCUAAAAGAUUCUCAUCCACGCACAAAAGAAUUCAGCGAAAAAAUAUGGACCACAUAUGAAACGGAUCGUAGCAUCAUUUAUGAAUUUGCCGACAAAACAAGUUUCCGAAAUAAUCAAGCGAAUGAGCUGCGCCUAAAGUCGCCCGGAUUCCAAGGCAACGCACACGUGGUCUAUAAUGGUUCAUUUUACUAUCAUCAGAAAGACAGCCCGACCAUCAUUCGAUACGAUUUGGAGAAGCGCGAAACAAUUUGUAAUGUAACAUUGCCCGAAUUUCAAUGGACUGGCGAUCACUAUCUCUACACAACCAAAUGUAACUAUGUGGAUUUGAAUGCCGAUGAAAAUGGACUUUGGGCAAUUUACUCAACACCAAAAUCGACUAACACAUACGUGGUUAAGCUUGAUGCAAUCACUUUGGAAAUUCAGUACGGUUGGAAUAUUAGCAUAAAUCAUAAUAAAGUGGGUGAAAUGUUCAUCGUUUGCGGUGUGCUGUAUGCCAUCGACUCAGUUACCGAACGAAAUACGAAAAUCCUUUUGGCACUGGAUUUGUAUCGCGGCUACAUUUUGAAUGAUAUCAACUUAUCGUUUACCAAUCCAUUCAAAAAUACCACCAUGGCUUUAUAUAAUCCAGAAACCAAGGAACUUUUCACAUGGGAUCAUGGCAAUCAACUCACCUAUCCAAUACGUUACAAUGACAUGACCAAAUAUGCAUCGGCAAGCGAACGCAAUGAAGAGGCAUACAAUGCACACAUCCAAACUGGUUACGAUAACAAUGAAUAGAGAUUAAUUUUAUUUGGUGUUUGUAUGAUUUGUUUGUGUGUCUUUUCGUAAUUUUCGGCAUUUGUCUGUCAUGCUCUCCUUCUCUGUUUUUAUACUGUACCACAAAAACCCUCCUGCAAACUGUAACUUAUCAUAUUCUCACAUUUUGUCGGAACAUUUGCACCCAACUUUUCGGAAAAGAAAAAAAGAAAAAUCAAAAUAAUUGCGUUUUCAAUUCGAUUCAAUUUUCUUACUUUACUUGGACAUUUUUAAAGUCGAUAAAAGAAUGAAUGAUAUUGAAUCGCUACCCGAAUCGAUCAACACUUCAAUACACAAUCCAGAAAGCAUACACAAUUUUUUAUGUACAUAAAAAAAGGAAAAAAAGAGAGAAAAGAAAAUCGUAGAUAAGUAAGAAGAACGUUGUAAAUGCUAUAUACUUCAAUGACGAUGUGAAUUUAUUGACAUAGAAAUAAAAAAAAAAUUGAAUGUAUCACAAUAAAAA